AUGCCGAUCGUAAAUCGGCUCAAAAAGUUCAUUCUUGGCUCCUCUUCGUCGAACGACAAUAACCAGAGGUCAUGCUCGAUACCAGGGGCGAAAUCGAUUCCGGCCGUUGUGAAGAUUGAAACGGAUGUUUCUGAGUACUGGACACUGGACGAAGUGAUUGGCGAUGGUGCAUUCGGAAGUGUCUAUAAAGCGCGUUCGAAACUUGAUCCCGGAAAAGUGGCCGCUGCCAAGGCGAUGGAAUUGGAAGACGACGAAGGCCAGGAUGUGAUGGUAGAAGUAUCUAUUUUGGCUCUAUGCAAGCAUCCCAAUAUUGUCGAACUCUACGAUGCAUUCACAAUGGGCAAUCGUAUUACGCUUCUUCUGGAAUACUGUGGUGGUGGUGCGGUGGAUGGUAUAAUGAUGGAGCUAUCACGAAAUCUCUCCGAGCCCCAGAUUCAGUACAUCAUGAAGGAAAUUUUGAAAGCUCUGGACUUUUUGCAUGGCAGAAAUGUGAUCCAUCGUGAUCUGAAAGCUGGAAAUGUCUUGUUAACAAGCGAUGCACGGGUGAAACUUGGUAAUUUACUUAUAUCUUGUAACUUGAGUUACCUUUCUCUUGUAACUUGCUAUCACAGGGCUGUUAACUUAUUUUAA